GGCUCCCAGCUGACAUGGUGGGGACUUAAACUCUGAAGGGUGUGCUCUCUGCGUUUACUGAGCACACAAACCUCGACACACACACGCUACACACACGCUAAACACUGCACUGAGGACAACUUUGCACCAAACUUUUCGCAGAUGGAACUUGCGGAAGCUGUCAAGUAAGGUGUCACGUUGAGAAGGCCGUGGUGCUCUCGUUGCACGAUAUCCUGUUUGCUAUACUUCCAAACGCUUUGACAGGGGAAUCGCUUUGCGCAUGCUUGAAUCACCUUAAGGGAUCGAGGAGAAGAUGGCUGACUCUUCCCUGGACCUGAGUCACCUGACAGAGGAGGAGCAGUCCCGCAUCCUGCAGGUCAUACAGCGGGACCUGGAGCUGCGUCGUCUCGAUGAAGGAAGAGUAAGGAUCCUCGAGCAGACAGAGACAGACCCAACACGUCUGCGCUCCUUGACAGGGGUGUGGUUCAAUGAGGAGCGCAGCAAACGCCACAACAACCGGGCGUCAGUUUGCACCAUUGUCCAUGCCACCCUCCGCCACCGGAAGACCAAGAGCAGAGAUGUGUCCCUGACUGAACUGUUCCAUGGCGAGAAAGAGAAAUCCUCACACAACAACAACUCAUCUCCCGAAGCUUACAAAAGACUGACAGAGCAGAAUGGAGGAAGCAGUCCAGAGAGUUUGAAAACCUCUCCUACACCCAGAACAAAAAGUCAAAUAACAAAGGGUCUCCCGUACAGAAAUAGUUCCUCCUCAUCCAAAGAGUAUGAAAGAAGUAACGGCCACUCAGAAGACCUUGAGGAAGACUAUGACUAUCACAACGGGGACACUGAGUCUCUGAGCAGCAGCCUGACUGAGCCAGCAUCUCUGAAAAACAGCAGCUCCACCGGCAGCCUUCAAUCAGGCUACACGCUCAGCGGGAGCAUGAUGAGUCUCUUCAGCACUGGGGAUUUUGGAGUGGUGGAGGUGAGGGGCCGUAUCCAGUUUUCAUUGGUGUAUGACACCCAGAAGGAGGAGCUGAGGAUCAAUGUGAAUCGCUGUGAGGACAUCGCUUCGGCACGCAAGAAUCGUUCAGACCCAUAUGUUAAAUCAUAUCUCCUGCCAGACAAGUCGAGUCAAAGUAAGAAGAAAACCUCAGUGAAGAAGAAGACUCUGAACCCAGUCUAUGAUCAGACGCUCCGAUAUAAAGUACGGAAGGGAGAGAUACGGAGCCGGACCUUGAACCUGUCAGUGUGGCAUGCUGAGCCCCUUGGGAGGAAUGUGUUUCUUGGAGAGGUGGAGGUGGCUCUGGGCCUCUGGGACUGGACAUGCACUCAACCACUAUGGCAGGAUCUGCAACCUCGGGUUCAUUUGAAUCCAGACUCCAUUAGCAGUCGCGGGACCAUCGUGCUCUCUAUUAAGUUCAUCCCAGAUGGCUAUGAGGGUGGUGGUCUGCCUCUGACAGGAGAGCUUCAUAUCUGGCUUCGAGAGGCUCAAAGUCUCCUGACCAACAAAGGGGGCGCUAUAGACUCAUUUGUUCGAAGCUACAUACUCCCAGAUGCUAGUCGGCAAAGCGGUCAGAAGACGCGGAUGAUUAAGAACGCCAUCAGCCCCACCUACAACCACACCAUGGUGUAUGACGGCUUCCAUACCAGUGACCUGAGAGAGGCCUGCGCCGAGCUGACUGUGUGGCAGCGUGAAGGGUUAAAAACAAACGUCUUAGGAGGCAUUCGUUUAAGCUGUGGAACAGGUCAAAGCUAUGGAGAAGCUGUCAGCUGGAUGGACUCUACGGAAGAGGAGGUUGCUGUGUGGACCUCCAUGAUCACAAACCCAAACCACUGGAUUGAUGCUACAUUACCAAUCAGAACUAGCCUUGCACACCGGUCUGAGUGACAAUACACACAUUUAAACAUAUGUUCAUAAGAUAAUUUGACUGAAAGAUUAUCCUCCACUUAUCACUACUUAAAACCUCUCUGUUUUUUUUAUAAAUAUAUAUACAUGUUUUCUCACACAAAGGAGGCAGUAGUUGUGUGAUAUUGUGAACUAAUAGCAUGUCUGCGUUUUAAAUAUGUUACUUGUAUUUCUUGGAUCAAUCCUAAUUUUUAAUCUACUGUAGUUUAUUAAUUAAAUAACAAACCUAAAUCGAUGAAUAACUCAGUGUUCUCUUUUCUCUCUUACCUGGAGACAGAAUAUGAGAAAAGAAGAGAUGGAGAAAUACUUUUGAAUUUAUAACAAGUGGUUCUCCCCAGAAACAUCAAACAUCUUAGUAGAAAAUGACAAAUGAACAUGAAUUCUGUUUGUUCCGACAGUCAUUGCUUAAUCUUCAGGGAGUUACAGUAGCCGACUACCACCUUGUGGUCAGACUUCAUAUUUCUUCUACAUAUUUUUUUUUGCAAAUUGAAGGGGGUGAACAGUGAAAUGCACAUGGAUGGAUGGAUAAUGUCCUGUAAUUUGUAAUCACCCUUUAUUUAUUUUUGUCUACAUACUCACAUAUAUAAAUAUAUAUAUUUAUGUUUUUUUCAUCAGAAGAAAAAAUUAUCCAACAAUCCUCCAGUUCAUAACUUCGUAUGGGAUUGCAGUAGCUCAAUCUGCAGGUAUUAGGUGGGAUCCAAAGGGUCACUGGUUCAAGUGCUGUCAUAGACCAAGUUUGUAAAUUGGACUUGUAGCUGGAGCGAUGCCUCGUCCUUUCCUAGUGAACCUCUCAAGCCAGUGAACAGAGGAGCCAGUUCACUUCCUGUGCACUGCUGAGAAGUCCUCAAGCAAGGCACUGAGCCCAGCCCCCUCAUUCUGACAUCUUUCCAUUCGUUCAUGUUCAUUAGGUUGCUGUUCUUCGAGCUUGAGAGCAUUUUGGCCCAUAAGAGUGUAGCUUGUUUCAAAACAGUGAAAAAAUAGUGCUUUUCUUCUGGGAUUCAUACAUUUAAAAAGCUACAUAAUAAAAUUAAAAUCAUUGAACACACAUAUUUCACACACUCAAGUCCAGUAGAUGGCAGUAUUCUCAUUCCUGCUUCUAAUUGGUAUUAGACCAGAACUAGGGCUAUUUAUCUUCCAAAAUAAAGUCCAAUGAAGGUUUUGUGUCUUAACCCUUGCUAUUCAUACAUUUUCUCAACUUGAUGAUAAAAUCAAAUAUUCUUGUU